CUCAUGAUUUGCUCACAAAUAAAUCAAUCUCAAGACAGAUCAUAUUCAAUUUUUUUGGCACAGUAUCGAUGUCAAACCUUCAACAAAAUCUGGAAACUCUACAGUUUCUCGUUGGUGUGGUAAAUAGCAUGGAUGAAGGUGAAAGUCACAAUAAUCCCCAUGAUCCUGCUCCUCCUGUGCCUGGAAGGAAUCGCUUUAUUGGAAAAUAUAACAACUCCGGGAAUCAGAAGAUUAAGGGUCUCAGUAACCAAACAGGCUUCACCGAAGGCAACGCUAACGGAGCCAUCAACUUUGGAAGUUUAAAUGCCUAGUUCUAAGUCACUCAAAUGGAAUAAGGCACGCCAUACAUGUACGAAGAUGUUACCAGUUCUUGAAAUGCAUAAAUAAUAAUGUGAUGGUAUAAUUAAAAUAAGAGCUUCGCAGUUUGCCACUAGCUCCAAUAUUUUAGCUGUUCUAUAAUGUAUAUAUAUACACAUGUCAUCUUCUUUAAUUAACAGAAGCAAUAACAUAUUGUUUUGUAAAUUAUUAAUA